UAUAGCAAAUUGUACACGACACCGACUUAUACCGGAUGUGUCGUCGUGGAAACGCGACUCGACCGGAUGUUCAAUAGUAUCGAAAAGAAAGUGGAAGAAACGGGAUCAUAAUGAAUACUCGAGGACUCCGCUCUCAGCUGAAAGACAGCGUACCUGUGGCAGGGUUAUGUCCACAGGGGGCUUACGGAGUGCAGGACUCAUUGCGCAGCGGCUUUUCCAGUGUGAAGAAUGAACUCCUUCCGAGCCACCCGCUGGAGCUGUCAGAGAAAAAUUUCCAGCUGAACAAGGACAAGAUGAAUUUCUCUACACUCAGAAACAUCCAGGGUCUUCAUGCUCCACUCAAACUGCAGAUGGAAUACAGGGCAGCUAGACAGAUCCAGCGUUUGCCAUUUUUACAGAGUUCAAACCUGGCCCUCGAUACGCUGCGAGGCAGUGACGAGGCCAUCGGCUUUGAGGACAUCCUUAACGAUCCAGCCCUGAGUGAAAUGAUGGGCGAGCCGCACAUGAUGAUGGAAUGCAAGCUGGGACUGUUGUGAAAGAAGAUGGAGACACACAAUACACAGCUACACAUAUAGAUUUAGGUUUAUUAUUUGUCUGCAUAAAAAUGUUAAAAAUCUUCAAUUCUGGUUCUGAGAAGUGAGCAAGAAAGGGGUGUGGUAACCUGUUGAUGUAAACUGACCGGGCACCUCAUUAGGUACACUUGUACAAUCCAGGUAAACCAAAACAACAACGUUGCCAUUCUACUUUUUUAAAGCUUAUAAUUUUUCAGUUUUUGUUGACACCGUCAGAGAGGUAAUAGUUCUACUUUAUGUUUGUUAUUGAGGUCUUAGUGGGUGCUGUUGUUAAACUGGACUUCAUUAUAUUGAAAGGUGUUUCUAAUAGUAUGGCCCCCUCAUGUAUGUCAAUGUGGUAACCAAACUAUUAGAAGCACCUCUCGAUAUAAUGCAGUCCAGUUUAACAAUACUGCAAACUGCGACCUCAACAGUAAACAUAAGAGUAAAAUAAAUACCUCUCUGACCGUGUCAGCAACAACUGAAACAUUGUAAGCUUCACUGAAAGUGGAAUUUUUGGCAGAGUUGUUGUAUUGGAUCAGACUGGAUUGUACCAGUGUACCUCGUGAAGUGGCCGGUCGGUUAAACGGUCAUUCAGACAAGCACUCAGAGCUGCUUUUGUAUGAUUCCAGUCUGAUGGGUAUUUUUAAUAAACUUCAUAACCUUCC